AUGAUUAUAAAGAGAUGCAAAAUGAUUACAAAGAGACUUAAAAGACCACAAGAGGAGGUAAAACGAGACAAAACAACUUCAAAGACACAAAACCACUACAAAAAGAUGCAAAACCACAAUGAAAUUAAGACACAAAAAGACUUAAAACAGACACAAAUUUACCACGGAAACAAUUUCCUGUACAUGAAAACAUCUUUAAAGAGACACAAAACAAGAUACAAAAGCUACAACAAGUCAACUACAAGGAGACACAAAACAUCUAUAAAGAGACACAAAACAACCAGGAGGACACAAAAAGAUACAAAAGCUACCACAAGACAACUACAAGGAGACACAAAACAACUACAAGGAGACACAAAACAACCAGGAAGACACAAAAAAGAUACAAAAGCUACCACAAGACAACUACAAGGAGACACAAAACAACUACAAGGAGACACAGAACAACCAGGAAGAAACAAAAAAGAUACAAAAGCUACCACAAGACAACUACAAGGAGACACAAAACAACCAGGAAGACACAAAAAAGAUACAAAAGCUACCACAAGUCGACUACAAAGAGACACAAAACAACCAGGAAGACACAAAAAAGAUACAAAACAACCAGGAAGUCAACUACAACGAGACACAAAACAACCAGGAAGAAACAAAAAAGAUACAAAACAACCAGGAAGUCAACUACAAGGAGACACAAAACAACCAGGAAGACACAAAAAAGAUACAAAAGCUACCACAAGUCAACUACAAGGAGACACAAAACAACUACAAGGAGACACAAAACAACAACAAGGAGACACAAUUACAAAAAGACUACAAGGACAAAGAGGUAAAAUGAUUACUAAGACACAAAACAACUUCAAAGACACAAAACUACUACAAAAAGAUGGAAACAACUACAAAGGUGAGACUCAAAAUGACUGUAGAGACACAAAAUCACUACAAUAG